AUAAUAUUAUAAAUGAACAAGAACGAAUUUUAUAAGGAACUGAAGGAAAAGAGAGCAGAGCAACUGUUCUGGAAGAACUUCAACGAAGAGUUAGAAAACGUGCUUGCUUCUAAAAAAGCUGGUACAUUUGAGACAAGCAACUAUCGUGAAGGCAAGUAUCCUGAAAUUCCUCCAUACCAAAGACCAAAGGACUUCGUUAUCGAAAAUGAUGAUAAAUAUAACACUAAAUUAUGGGGAUCUUUCUUGAAAGACUCUGCUUUCUAUUAUGAUAAUCCUCAUGCUCAGGACAAGGUAGAUAUUAAGAGCAAGAUCCAACUUCGUUAUGAUUCCUUGUUCUCAUCUUCAUGGACUGCUCCUUUGAAUAGCAGGAAAGACCUCCUUUUGUGGGCCUGCGAACAGAAGAAUCAAUAUAUGGCUGAAAAUGAAAAUGAUGCUCCAAAUGAAGUCUGUGAAUUCAACCAGUUGGUAGAGAAGUAUGGGCCUAAUUAUGAGCCUUUGAAGGAGAAAGUUGGGUAUAUGAAGGGGCUCUUUGAUUAG